CAUAGUUCAUCAUCCUCAUCAUCCCGGCGUUCUCCUGCUGUAUCACAUUCCUCUCGUACUCCUCCUCAUCCUACUUCCUUCCAUCCUUACUUACCACCGCACCAUUCACAUGGACAACUACCACAACACCAUCAGGGUAAAGUACACCAUUUAUCACAAUUCCAGCUUCAGUUUCUGCAAGAUCAAAAUAUGCCACCACCACCUCUACCACCACCACAGUCCCGCUCUCACCACAACCUAUCUCACCAAGACCAGUUCCACAACCAAGGCUUGCACAAAAAAUUCACCAACAAGAAUUCAAAGCAGAAACAUUCACGUUCUGCUUCCGAGAUCCCGCCUCCGCUGCCAGCCCGUAACCGAACUUUAUUAUCACAAAUAUCAGCCCCUAAUAUGGCUACCGGGUCUAUUGCCUCGAAUCUGAUACCGGGGUCUAUGGCUUCGAUCACAACGUCGGGGUCUAUGGCCCUUUUUAGCAAUGUCUCCGUCAGUGAGGCUAAUAAAGCAAAUAACAAUACACCAAGCGAAGCUGCGUCGAUAUCUGGCGACAUUGAAGCUGCUGGGAUAACAGCUCUGGACAACGCGGUCCUAUCGGAAGACAAGUCAGGCACACGAGACAGUAGUCAGAACCUAGGUUCCAGUCAGAACCCUAGUCCCAGACAGACGUCAGGUUCCAGUCAGAAUCCAGGUUCUUGUGAUGGUCAAAACCCAAUUCCAGACCUGGUCACUUUCACUACCACCACCACAAGCAACACUUCCUCCUCUUACACCUCUAAAGCUGGCAAGUCCAGCUCGUUUAAAACAUCUAAAGGCAGUUCGAGCUUGUCAGCGUCCCCGAGCUGCGUGUCCACCAUGUCUGCACCACCAAACUUGUGUCCUCCCCCACUCCCCCCUCGGCCUCCUAGUAUGGGAGGCGCUGCUAGAGAGGCCCAGCCUCUGGGGGGGCCUCAUAGCAUGACGUCUGAGAGUAGCAGCAUCAGCAGUGGUAGUGGCAGCGGUAAUGGCAGUGGUAGUGGCAGCGGUAAUGGCAGUGGCAGUGGCAGCGGUAAUGGCAGUGGCAGCAGUCGUCCAGCUUCCCAGCACUGCAGAGCAAAGAGCAGCCCUGAAGCCAUGUCUGCAGCUCAGCAGACUAGACAUGAAGCGUUCUCAGGUCACCUGAGCGGCUCAGACAGUCUGGGGGAUCUCGCCUCCUUGCACAGCAGCAACAGAUCCUCCAACAGAUCCUCCAGCCUCCACAGAUCCUCCAGCCGCGUAGCCUCCGCCCUCCUUGAGGAUGAUCCUCCCCCUGGCACCCCUCCUCCCCCAUAUGCCAAUAACUACAAUAACAACAAUAAUAAUAACAAUAAUAACGCCAAAACACAAGAGCAGCAAGAAGAAACUGACGAAACAACAGCUAAUCUAAGUUGUGGAAUAAGCACAAGUGGGUCAACCUCUGCGAUAAGUGGGUCAAUUCCUGCGCCUCUGGACGAAGCACAAGAUGACGAUGAGAAUUACUGCACAAUUCCUGACGAGCCAAGCUUCCCCAGCUGCGAUGCCCAAAGCUCUCUUCCAGUUUUCUCUUCAAACUCCGAACAAAAAAAUUCAUCUCCUGAAGAAAACCUCUCCCCCAGUUUACAAAAUCACACAUUCCACUUCGUGCCACCGAAAGCCAUGCCUCCACCUUUCACUGUCGCGAGUUCACCAUUUACUGUUGCGAAUCUAACCUCCACUAUCACCCAUACACCUUUCACCAUCGCCACUUCUGAUAGUGAAUUCUCGUCUUUCACAAACUCGGAUGUCGAACUUUUCCAGUCACUCUCCACCAACUCGGCCGCCACUCUUUCUUCUUCUUCAACGUGUAUCAACCCCCAGACUUCGUCCACUAUAACCCCUUCUUCUGUCACUGCUUCAUCUCUUAUGACCACUUCAUUAAUAACCUCCCCUCCGUUCGAUGUAUCAUCAUUCAUGACCUCUUCACUGGUCUCAUCAUCAUACAUGACCUCUUCAUUCAUGACCUCGUCCUUGAUGACCUCAAGUUCAGCAUCGUGUGAACUAACCAGCUCGCUGUUCAGGGCGCCCUAUAACAACUGUCAGUUAACAACAAGUCUGGGGCCGAGCUCGGAGGGCGGCGCCCCCUGGACCCAGACAGACAUCAUGAGCAUGGAGGAGGAGGGGGGCGACUUCCCCCCACUCGACGACCCUGAGCCCCAACCUAGCAACAGCGACCACGGGCCGUUCCAGUCGCUGAGCGAACUGUGCACGCAGCCCGCCUACCUCGCCGUCUUCCUUAACUUCAUCAUCUCGAACUGCUCUCCAGCCACUGCUUUUUUCUACCUGAUCUCGGAACUGUACAAAGAAGGGACAUUCAAAGACCUCAAGAAAUGGGCGUACGAAAUACAUUCCUCUUUUUUGCUACCAAGUGCGCCCAUGCAAGUAGAGUGUCCCGUAGACGACGCGCUGCUCGCUGAGAUUGAUGAGACACUCAACAGCGAACUCGACAAGGAGGAGACUCUACGCAAGGCCCCUACCACCGGCCCAUACCACCUGCCACUACCACCUGUCAUACCAUCUGCCAAACCACCUGCCCUACCACCGGCCCAUACCACCUGCCCUACCACCGGCCCAUACCACCUGCCCUACCACCGGCCCAUACCACCUGCCCUACCACCGGCCCAUACCACCUGCCCUACCACCGGCCCAUACCACCUGCCCUACCACCGGCCCAUACCACCUGCCCUACCACCGGCCCAUACCACCUGCCCUACCACCGGCCCAUACCACCUGCCCUACCACCGGCCCAUACCACCUGCCCUACCACCGGCCCAUACCACCUGCCCUACCACCGGCCCAUACCACCUGCCCUACCACCGGCCCAUACCACCUGCCCUACCACCGGCCCAUACCACCUGCCCUACCACCGGCCCAUACCACCUGCCCUACCACCGGCCCAUACCACCUGCCCUACCACCGGCCCAUACCACCUGCCCUACCACCGGCCCAUACCACCUGCCCUACCACCGGCCCAUACCACCUGCCCUACCACCGGCCCAUACCACCUGCCCUACCACCGGCCCAUACCACCUGCCCUACCACCGGCCCAUACCACCUGCCCUACCACCGGCCCAUACCACCUGCCCUACCACCGGCCCAUACCACCUGCCCUACCACCGGCCCAUACCACCUGCCCUACCACCGGCCCAUACCACCUGCCCUACCACCGGCCCAUACCACCUGCCCUACCACCGGCCCAUACCACCUGCCCUACCACCGGCCCAUACCACCUGCCCUACCACCGGCCCAUACCACCUGCCCUACCACCGGCCCAUACCACCUGCCCUACCACCGGCCCAUACCACCUGCCCUACCACCGGCCCAUACCACCUGCCCUACCACCGGCCCAUACCACCUGCCCUACCACCGGCCCAUACCACCUGCCCUACCACCGGCCCAUACCACCUGCCCUACCACCGGCCCAUACCACCUGCCCUACCACCGGCCCAUACCACCUGCCCUACCACCGGCCCAUACCACCUGCCCUACCACCGGCCCAUACCACCUGCCCUACCACCGGCCCAUACCACCUGCCCUACCACCGGCCCAUACCACCUGCCCUACCACCGGCCCAUACCACCUGCCCUACCACCGGCCCAUACCACCUGCCCUACCACCGGCCCAUACCACCUGCCCUACCACCGGCCCAUACCACCUGCCCUACCACCGGCCCAUACCACCUGCCCUACCACCGGCCCAUACCACCUGCCCUACCACCGGCCCAUACCCUCUGCCCUANGAGCUGGUGCUCACGUCCUUUCUUUAGAGCGUCAGGUGAGCAUCAGAGAGCGCGUUAAUUGUGAGGAGGGCACUCAGGACGACUAUGGCCUCAUGAUGGCCUCCUCCCUGGCCACGUUGCUAUGGAAAUGGUUCAACGUGCGCAGCCCCAAGACCCUGGCGCUCAUAGACCGAUGCCCGCUCUACGUCAGCAAGGAUAGACCGCUCAGGAGCAAGUUCUUCAAGGCUAACAAGAAGCAAAUCGUGAGGGAACAUUGCUUCAACCAAACCACCUUCACGGCGGUCACCUACUGCAACCACUGCCAGGACCUCGUCUGGGGCGUCGCCCCCCAGGGCUACCAGUGUGACAACUGCGAGAUGAAGAUCCACAAGCUGUGCGCACGGCUGGUAGACGAGCUGUGCGUAGGCCAGGUGCGCAAGAAGCCGCCGCGUGAGAAGAAAAUUCAUUCUUUCCUCGGCAAGAUUAUCCCUGAUGACAGGGAGACCAAGAGAAAGAGUUCCCAGCUCGGCUCUAACUUCCCCAUUUCUAGAUUCUACACUCUGCCUCUCCCUCACCACAAUACACACGCCUCCCGGACACUGGACAAGCGGCGGGGCACUAACGACGACGAGAACAUCAUGGCUGACCUGCUGAGCCAGCACCUCCCUGCCGACCUCACCGACGCCUCAGAUAAUCGCAUCUAA